AUGCCAAACGUCGGUGUCAAAGUUCCUGGCAUUCUUGCGGCGGGCACUUACAACGGCGCUGAAGUCAAUCUGCUGCCAUACUUCAACGGCGACCUGGCCUCGUCCAACCGCGGUGGCAGCUCUGGCGUUUCCGUCAACUUCCUUGAUGGGGGUGGCGCUGCGCCACUGAUGAAGAACAUGCCGGCGAACGACGACAAGUCUAAUCAAUACUUCCUCUUGACCCAUCUCUACCAAUUCUUCGGUUCCCUGCUUGGCUGCUCCCAGUACGGCAUGACUGGCUUCCCUGGCUAUGACGGACAUGCAUCCAUGUACCAGGUCCACAAGUUCAUGGACCUAGACAUGAACGAGCUUGGAUACUUUAUUCAGCAGGUGGCUAUGGCGGCUGCCUCUUUCGGCGUUGCUCAAGACGACCUCCAAGCAGUCGGAAAGGCGCUUUCCCAGCUCUUUGGUAUGCGCUGCAGCCCGCCAGUCACUGCCAUUCCUGCACAGGGACCCCAGCUCCAGGCGAUCUGCAUCGAGAACAGCUGCCCCAUCUCGCCCAACUCGACUUGCGCGAGCUAUGAAGCUGCUGUCGCACCGAAGAAUGCUACUGGAGGAGGUAUGAUGAACGCUACAGCUACCAUGUCCGGCUCAGCCACGUCGAUGGCAACGGCUACAGGUACCAUGAUGCCGAGCACUGUUCCCACAGCAGGUGCUGCUAUCAAGGGCAUGAGCUUGGCAGGUAUUGUCGGUGUACUUGCCCUGCUUUUGUAA